AGAGGCCCAAACAAACACAUGUUUGAGACUCGGGGGGAAACUAGGAAACGCAGUCGUGAGUCCGUGUCCGUGUCCAUGGCAUAAACCGCAAACGGAAGAAGAGAUGUAGAAGAAAGAAACAUCCUUGGUAAUUCCGAGCUAUUCAUAUUAGUGUGAUUUGCCUGGAGAGGAUUUCUGGGAAUUCCGAGAGGGAAAAGGACCCCCUACCCAAUGGGUCAAGAAGAAGAACAGCAACAACUGCAGCAGCGACAAGGAGAAGAAGCUCCUCCACCUUCUUCUCAGGAACCCUCCACCCAAACCACCCCUCCUCCUCCCCCGUUCGAUCCCAGUCGAAUGAUUGGCAUCAUCAAAAGAAAGGCCAUGAUAAAAGAGUUAGCUGCUGCAUACCACGCAGAGUGCCUCGCAUACUGUCAAGAGAUUUUGGAACUUCAAAGGAAAUCGGAUGAGCCAUUUAUUGACCUGAAACCUCCAGAGGAUAUGAAGAAGGAGAUAAUGCGGCCCCCCAAGCGUCUAAAGAAACCCGCUAGACACUGAUAUUGUUGUUAGCAGCUUACUCUCGGAUAUGCACAGAAAAGUUCCUUGAAGCGCAGUUCCCGACUUUCGGUUUGUUUAGGCACAACACAGGAUACAAAAGUUUAUCAUCUCAUAUGAUGAAUGUAAAUUUCAAACGAUGCACAAAAAGUGCCCUGUUAUUUUGGUCAUAACGGUUGCAGAAGCAGCAGUUUGUAAAAAUUGGUAAUCGCAAGGGAGCUUCCUUUGUCUUGUUUUGUGUAGGUUUUACUUAUCAAAUGUGGAUCAGAUGAAUGCUAUUUGUCUGAAUGUAUCUUGUUUGAGUGCA